AUGAACUCAAAACUACAAAUGCCUGAGCUAUCAUGCAUGGAGCCAGAGAACUAUCGAAAAUAUUUCCGUGCUUUAUGUUGGAUGGCUAAGAGGAAAGUAGAUAAAAAAUCGCAAAAGAGGCUUGGUAAAAAGGAAAGACUGAGAAGAUUAAAAGCUGUGGGUACUGUGAGUUCUUGCGUUUCCCCAGUAUUGUUGCGAAAUCCAUCACCAUUCACGGUAUACGCUACAGUACGAAAAUUAGUGCUGUCUCGAUGGCGCCAACUUAGCUCAGCGUAUACUGAAGGCUCUGAUGAUAGUGACAAUGAAGGAGCAUCCUGUAGUCAUCAGCCUGUUCCUAAAGUUCCAAAGAUUACUGGCAUUGGUCUUCGCAUGGUGUUUUCUCUUAUAUCUCAAGCAAGAUUCUCAGAUGUGCAAUUUUGUGAACAUUCACUCAAAGCUUUACUGGACGUUCUGCAAGGACACACGCCUGAAGAGAUGGCUUACGAGCCUUACGAGAUAAUUUCAAACCUGCACUCCAUGCUCGUUGAAAUCGCUAGUGGCAGCGGAUCCACUGGAAAAACUGAGACACCUACCAGUAUCACUGCCCUGAGUAGUUCUUGCCUCAUAGCGCUGUCAGUCGCUAGGGGCGAGGCUGAACUGAUACUUAAUGCAGUUGCUUCACUUAUCAUGACAUCCCCAACACUGUCAGAACAAUACAUGCAGAUUCCUUCUAAUUUGACUACUCUUCAAAGAAGUGUUCAAUCAGUAAUACUUGGGGCUUCGGUGCGCAACCAAUGGAUAAACUUCGGAGUGCCACAUCAAUCCCUCGUAUCUAGUUUUCCAGUCGACUUACCUUCACUAAUGACUUCUGGUCCAGGAGAGCUGGUAGUUCGUUCUUUAGCAUCAGACGGCUGCUUUCUUUACGUGUAUACUUCAAAAGGCUUAUUGAAAAUCGGAUCGGGUUACGGCAGUUCUAUCAGACAACAUGUUUAUCUAUACAAACCUGAUUUCUUCGCUGGCGAUCGACAUGGAUGGCUUGGAUAUUGUAAGAACAAAUUGUUCGUUAGAAUUGGAAGAAAAAAACCUGAAGUAUAUGAAGUUGAUGGUGAAACAUUGGAAGUAAAAGGUGUUAUAAAACUAGAUCCUGGAAACUCUGGACAGACUGAAUCUAAAUCAGCUGUCUUUACUGAUGGCAACCAGCUUGGACUCGUUUUGCUUACAGCAUAUGAUAAUCUCUCAAUAAAAAUGUAUGAUAUGACCUCGCUACCAGAACGUGUGGAAAAUACUCCCAUUACACUGUCAUCACGUAAAGAUCUGAAUGUGCAUCUACUAAGGCGAAGGACUUUGGCUUUGGGAAGAGCUCCAUUUGAAGAUGGUAUGUCUAGAAGGUCGACAGAGCUGGAUACACCGAUAGCGAUGCAAUUCGAUGAUAACGAUGAGGAUCCUCUAUUGGGCAUAUGUGCUGGUCAAGAUUUUGGGCUUCUUACUACUGCCACCGGAAAAGUGUAUUAUACCGGCAAAGGUACCAGCCUUGGUUAUAAAGUGGCAUCUCCGCAUACUGGGCGGUGGACUCUCAUGAAAGAAACUUUGUUUAACAGGAAUGAACCUAACGUAAAGAAGUGCAAAGUUAUUCAGGUAGCUGUAGGUCACGAGGGUGUUCACGCGAUUUUAGUGCUGGAUAAUGGGAGUGCCCUAUUCACCGGAAUCGCGCGGCGCGGUGAAGACGGUGACAGCAAUAAACAUCGUCGCACUCCGAAACCUACGCGCCCUAAGAAAAUUACUAAGAUCGACGGUCACUUCGUGGUGUACGCGGCCUGUAACUAUGGUUCCACUGCUCUGGUCACAAGACAAGGCUUACUGUUUAUGUUCGGGAAGGACACGCAACAUUGCGACUCUGCGGGAGUUGUCACUGGACUCAGGCACGAGAGAGUAACUCAGGUUGCUUUAGGUAAAGCUCAUGCUGUAGCUUUGACAACUUUUGGUCAAGUAUACACGUUCGGUAUUAACAACAAGAGCCAAUGCGGCCGAGAGUUUGGUUAUACUAAGGAGAAGAUGUGUCCACGUCGUACAAACAAAGAGGACGUUCGUGUGUGUGAAGGUGCUCACACCUGGCUCACGGACUACUGUCGUAUAUGCACAGUUUGUCGACAAUGUACGGGCUUUGCUGCUAAUUGCCGCUGCGCUGCGAUGCCAAACCGCGUGCCGGGAGAGAGAUGCGGCUGCGGUGAGGGAGACAGCGGCUGUACCGUUUGCGGCAUAUGUCGCAAAUGUGCUGAGGCUUCUACUUCCACUCGACUAGAGAAGGCCGCCGAGAUGCUUGAAGACUUAGACGCUUCUCACUCUGAAGCUAAAAGUGACGCGGAGUGCUCGAAAGUGUCUGCGUUCGAGGGUACGUCGAGUAUGAUGGUGGGGCCGGAGGGCGAGCGCGAGGCGGGUGCGAAGGUGACCAGCGUGCCGCCGGCACGCGUCGCCGUGCCCGGCGGACACCGCGUCGUCGCCGUCGCCUGUGGACUGCACCACACCGCGCUGCUCACGGAGCACGGUAACCAUUACAAAUAUCACUCGUGCAGAUAA